UAAUGCUGGCCCAGCCUCGGAAGGCACCGCAGCCGCCGGAGGAGACAUCUGAGGUGAAGAAGAAGAAGAUGUCCGAGAGCGGCUCCGAGGUGCCGUCACUUCAGGACAAGACGGUGACGCCGGAAGAGCGCGUCAAGAUACGGCAGUCCAAGGCGGAGGCGGCACAUUUCGGCCGCGCCACAGAGCGGGCCAAGCUGGCUUCGCGCUGGAGGCACGCCAAGGAGGAGAAGGCGGCUCGGGAGGCGGCGGCAAAGGCCAGGGCCAAGGGCUACCUGGGCAGGGCCAGCUCCUUCGCAGCUGCGCGCCAGGCAACACAGAAGGCGCUCAGCACGGUGGCCAGCGAACGCCGAUAGUGACGUCAUCAGCUGUAGGCUCACGACAAAUUCCCAAACAACAGCAAAUACAAGCCAGUCGUCUUUCGUUUUGUGA